GCCGGUAAUCAGCAUUCCUCAGAGGGGACAUGUACACAGAUCAUCAGAGCGCUGAUGAUCACCCCAGCAGUGCCACCUGUCAGUGUCCAUCAGUGCCAACUCUCAGUGCUCAUCCAUGCCACUUGCCAGUGCCCUUCAGUGCCACAUCAGUGCCACAUGUCAGUGCCCAUCAGUGCCACAUCAAUGCCACAUAUCAGUGCCCACCUGAGCUGCCUUUCAGUGUCACCCAUCAGUGCCAGCCAGUGCCACCUAUCAAUGCCAGUCAGUGCCACCUAUCAGUGCUGCGAAUCAGUGCCACCUAUUAGUGCCAGUCAGUGCCGCCUAUCAGUGUGCAUCAGUGCCGCCUAUCAGUGCCCGUCAGUGCUGCCUAUCAGUGCCGCCUAACAGUG